GAGGGCACGGCUAGGGAUGCUCUGCUGUGGCCAUGUUAAUGUGGGGCAGGCCCAUCUCUUUGAGGGGCGCGACAGCGAGGUCUUGGAAAAGAACGGAUAAAGGAAAAGAAGGUGAGAGGAGCCGUACACCACAAGAGGCAUUGAGGGACUCGGGUUAAGGGAUGAAGCCGUCCAUGAAUCCUGGAAUGAAGGGGUCCUAGAUAAUUUUCUGAGUCACCGUCGAGAGAAAGCGGGCUGAGCCGCCAUGUUGAAGCUGGGCAAACCGAAGCCAAGAAAGGCUGCCAUACUGGAUGUUUUGCCAGCCUUGGUGCUGAUCGGGGGUUGGGGUGAAGGGGUCGAGAGCCCAUAUACAAUAGGAGCAGAUGAAGCCAGUCUGGCCACUAUGUCUUUGACGGGCACUGUUUUCCUCCACUUCUGUGGAAGAGAUUAAUUAUGGGUGAGGGACGUCAGUUCGCUUGCCUUCCUAUACUGUGGUCCUGCGUGAGCAUGUGCGGACGGACGUGUAUCUCGGAGGCAAAUCGAGAUGGUUUAGGCAUGUUUCUGCGCCAACUGAAGCCUUUCUUUCCACCAUCUUUCUUAUGGGCACCUUGCUGUCGGCCAUUACUCACCUGUGGGUCGGACGAAGCCUCCGUGGCCGCCAUCUUGGUCGCGGGCGGCGGUGAUAAGGGAGGCGGAAUGUGCAGAGUGGAGGAGGGCCAACCACGCGGAGGUGACGCAAGGCGCCGCCAUGCCUUUUGAGGGCGGCGACGGCGCCUGGCCGGCCAUGCUGGCUACGGGCACGGCGCGGAUGGCGUCGGGGCGCCCGGAGGAGCUGUGGGAGGCCGUGGUGGGGGCCGCCGAGCGCUUCCGGGCGCGCACGGGCACCGAGCUGGUGCUGCUGACCGCCGCCCCGCCGCCGCCGCCGCGCCCGGGCCCCUGCGCCUAUGCCGCCCACGGCCGCGGAGCCCUGGCCGAGGCCGCCCGCCACUGCCUCCACGACAUCGCCCAGGCCCACAGGGCGGCCACCGCUGCCCGGCCCCCCGCACCCCCGCCAGCCCCGCAGCCGCCCAGCCCCGAUGGCAGCCCACCCCGGCCUCCCUUGGCCCGGGAGGAAGAGGAGGAGAACGAGGAGGAGCCCACGGAGACGGAGACCUCUGGGGAGAGGCUGGGUGUCGACGACAGCGGAGGGCUGUUUGUGAUGGAUGAGGACACCACCCUCCAGGACCUGCCCCCCUUCUGCGAGUCAGACCCUGAGAGCACAGACGACGGCAGCCUGAGUGAGGAGAUCCCGGCCGGCCCCCCAGCCUACUCAGUGCCUCCAGCCUCAGCCCUGCCUGCGCAGCAGUACGCCAAGUCCCUGCCUGUUUCUGUGCCCGUCUGGGCCUUCAAGGAGAAGAGGACGGAGGCACGGUCAUCAGAUGAAGAGAACGGGCAGCCUUCCUCGCCGGACCUGGACCGCAUCGCGGCGAGCAUGCGCGCGCUGGUGCUGCGGGAGGCCGAGGACACCCAGGUCUUCGGGGACCUGCCGCGGCCGCGGCUCAACACCAGCGACUUCCAGAAGCUGACGCGGAAAUACUGAGGCCCGGGACGGAGCUGCGGGGCCCGGCGCCCGCCCCUCCCCACACUACACCCCCGCCCCGCCCCCGGGGCCCGCCAAUCCCUGUCCGAUCCCGGAGCCCUAGGCCUGGCGGGUCCUUGCCAAUCCCCGCCCGGUGUCCGCGCUGCCCUUCUAGCCCUCGGAGGGGCGGGGCCUGUCCAGACUCCUGAUUGGGUCUGACGCCCCUUUUUCUGGCCAGCGACAGACUCUUUCUGCUAAGGGAUUGGUUCGCUCCCCGGUUGGGGGCGUGGCCAGUUCUGAGCACCUAAGUGGGUCAGCUCGGUCAUUUUCUGCCUAGCGACAAGGGCUUUUCGCGCACGGCACUGGAAGAGCGCAGUCGAGCCCCAGGAUUGGGCAGUGGCGCUCCACUUCCGCCUAGUGAUUGGGCAGCGCCGUCGUUUGGAAAUUCGAGCCCUUUAAAGGGCUCCAUCUAUCCCCCGAGAGUCCUUCCACCCUGAGUUCUCCCACUUCACGGGUUCCGGCCUGCUGAGGGCAUAGCCAAACCCUGCUCUCGUGCCCUGGGUUGGCCCGCGGCCUCCAAUUCACAUUCUCUACACUACUGGGGGCUGGGGUGUCUUUUACCCAAGUCCUGCCAAUUGGUUCCUCUGCCCCCUUUCUCAUUGGCUCCAUCCCUCAAAAGCCCACCAGUCGAAGCCCGUCCCUGUAUCCGGGACGGUACCAGCUCCCGCUCCUCCCCCUACCCCCACAGGUGCCUUAAAGGGCCCUCGUCCACCCCAGGCGGGGGACAGGGGGCCUCCCUCUCCGGCCCUGGUGUGGGGGAGAGAGUGGGGGUGGGGAUAGGGAGUUGGGGAGCUCUGAGAUUAAAAGAGUUUUAUCUCUGACGAAUGAU